UGAAUGUGGCGGAACUCAAAUCGCCAGGAGUAUUUUUCUACACGGAAUGAAAAUAUAGCAUCAAUGUUCAAUAAGGAGGCGCGAAGACUUCAAUGCUUUGAUAAACUAAUUUAUUGUAUUUACACAAGUGGACAGUAACAUAUACACACCAUGAAUCCACCAAAGAUAAAACGUCGCCGAAUGGCCGAGCUGGAGCCAUGGAUCGAGAAACUCAUCCAAAACUACGGCCAAAGCCAGUGCGAAACGACUGUGAAAGCAAACGUUGUCGGCGUGUGUGAUAUCUCAGACUCGCAGCGGAUGGAGCACACGGAUGUCUGUAUGCUGUUCAUGUCUGAUGGGAGCGCUGUCAUCCCCGCGGUGCUGAGCGACGCCGCGUGGGAGCGUCUGCAGGACUUGGAGGAGAUGGAGUCUUUCACAGGCCUGCACAAUGCUAUAGUGUAUGUACGCAGCUUUGAGCUGAAAUUCGACAUGAACCCUGAUCUGGCAUCUUGCCAGUUUUACUUAAAAGUCAAUCAAAUGAACACCAUAUGCAUCGCCUCAAAGCACCAACACCCCCCUAGCUGUACAACUCUCCCAUCAGUCAGAGAUCAGAUCAUAAAGACGUGGAGAUCCCACAGGGAGGGUUCAGUAAGUUCAGCCUCUGGGGUCUCACUCUCAUCUCUGUUGGACGUGUGGCACAAUGACAUUAUAAUAAAUAUACUGAAUGAUGCAACGGAGAAAAUAACCAUGUCUGCAACAUAUUGUCCAAGUGUGGCGACACCUACUCACUGGCACCGAGAGAGGCUCCACUGGAGGGGACAGGAGCAGUUCAUUGUCCCCGUGCCUUUUCUUCUCAUCCCGGAGGAACAGAGGGAGCUGAUGACAGAUGAUCCCAUGUGCGCAGUUGCAGAUAGUGAGAGUGAGACACCAAAUGACUUGGCCCCGCCCCCUGUAGAAUCACAUCCAACCAGCGCAUCGAGUGCAAACCAAACAAUGGCUGCUCAGGACGGUAUAAGUGGCUCAUGUCCAGAAGAAGGACAGUCUACUCUGGAACACACAAGACCAGAGGUUUUGUGUGGAACGGGGGAGCUGUCUGGGGAUGGAGAGAGCCCAUGGGAUAUGUUCACACAAGAGCCGGCUCUAUUAGGUAGAUGUUCCACCUCAGACUCCAAUGAACAAGAAAGUCAAUCGCUUUUAAAGGAAGUUCCCCCGCUGCCUGUAGCAACAAGCACCCAAGCCCAAAUCUCAAAGCAGAUCUCAGGAGCGAUGUCAGUGGACGGCAUUACGCUCAGUCAGAGACCAAAACUGACCCAGUUUAGUCCGUCCCACUCGAGCGAUAAGUCUUUCAGAGACCCCAGUCAGGAGCAAGACAAAGAGUGUGCGCUGAGUCCUCCCUCGUGGCUCGUCCAUAAUACAGCCCCACCCUCUGAACAGAGGCCCCUAGCGUCUCCACCCGCCGGGCCGAAGCCCUCAGCUUCUCCACCCACCAAACCCAGGAAAAAAUGUAGCUACAUUGUCCCAGCUUCCCUGUUGCAGGUGCACUCAGAUGGAACGCCUUUUUCCUAUUUGUAUCAUCCACAGCCUCAGCUUGCGACAGCCCUCAGUCACUUCCAAAUCCCAGGGCAUCUGAUACAGUGGGCAGUGCGUUAUCUGGGGACCUCUGACUGUGGAGAUGUCAGCGCUGAAACUGGUUCAUAAGCAGUUACCUCAAAUGACAUGCUGUAGUUUUAUUUGUGUGUGUGUGUGUUUAAAUAUUAGUCCAUAUGUAGUACAAAAAAAGGUAUAUUUUUUAUAAAACCCUACUGUUAAUGGAUGCUGCUGUCUUAAGUGUAAAGUAAUUCAGUUGUGUCUAUUAUAAUAAAUGUUAAUAUACAAAUAUUA